CCGCUGUGCCAGGGUCACUGCACUGUCUGUGCCGUAGCCUCUGGCGGGGUCUCCGGCGCUGCUCGGAGCUCUCUCCUGUGGCGGUGCCGCAGGCUGCCAGCUCGCUGUGGCCGCUUCUGGAUGGAGGGGCUUGUGGCUCAUCUGGGCACUGCUGGCUCUCACUUUUCCAGCUGGCCAGAUAUUCUGCUUCGGAUUUCUGAAGCAUGACCAGGGUCCCUCUGGAGCUCCGAGUUUGAAGCUUACCCUGGUACCAUCAUGUCAUGGGCUCCCUUACACUGAGUGGGUCAUUCCCUGCUCUUUCCCUACAAGUUAUUGCAUUUGCUGUCCCAAAAGUGUGAGCUGUUCCUGGGCAUCCCUGGGUUCAUGCUGGAGGUGACGGUGUGCUCCUUUUCCUGGUCCUCAUUCCACCGGGUUGCGGGGAUGAGUCACACCGGUUGUCACCGUGUUGUGCUCCAUGAGGAAGGGCAGAGCUGAGCUGCUGCUGGUGACAGGCAGCACAGUGCUUGCCAUGGCUGCCAGGCACUGCCUGGUCAAUGGCUGUGGAGAUGACAGCCUGCAGGUUUGCUAGAGGUCAGGAGCUCCCCUUGACUUUUCUCCUUCCAAUCUCUCAUUUUGCUGGGAUUCCUUGCACAGCACCUGAGGACAUCUCCUUUGGGCUCCCCUUGGGACUGGAGAGGCAGGCCUCCCGUUUCAGUUGCUCCCACCUCUGUACUCAGAUAGUCCUAUCCCAGCUGGAGCAGGGGUGGUGGCUGCAGGAGGCACAGCAGUCUCCCUUGCCUUGCCUCUCCCGUCCUUUGGUGCCCUCCUCUCCUCCUGGUUAAUUCUCUGUGUUUAUAAGCAAACAUUGGGUAAUAGGCAAGGUAAACAGCACCUCCACGCAGGAGCAGACAUGGGCACACGGCCAAGGCAGGCGGCUCCUCGGCUGUGGGUGUGCCAUGGGGGCAGCAGGCGCUGUGUGCCAGGCCCCCUUGCCCAGGGGCUGGCCCACGUCUCCGCGAGGCGCAGCCUGCCCUCCCGAGAGCUGAGGAAAGGUGCCCUGGGCAUGACCUCUGUCCUGUCUCUGCAGAUCGCGCUUCUGUCCUGGAUGGUUUGUUCCUGUGCUUCUGUGGGCUUGGCCCCAUGUGGCCUUGGGCUGAGCUGGGACCAGUAGGGCAGAGAGGCCGCUGUGCCUCAGAGUGCUGACGCUGGGAGGCUGCUGGACCUGCUUCUCCCAGGACCCUCCUGCUCCUGGGACCCUCCUGCUCGCCAGCUCGAGGAACCCCGUUACUCUGAUGGAUCUGAGGCCCUGCUCGCUGCUGUUGCUCUGGACUCUGGUGGUUGCCCUCACUCUCCUGGACCAGGAGGUGCUGGCCCAGCAUAUUUACACCAACACCUGGGCUGUGCUCGUCCCUGCAGGACCCCAGGAGGCUGACAGGCUGGCCAGGAAGCAUGGAUUCCUCAACCUAGGCCCGAUCUUUGGUGACUAUUACCACUUUCGACACCGCGGCGUGGCCAAGCGUUCCCUGUCGCCCCACCAGCCCUGGCACAGCCGCCUGGCCAGGGAGCCCCAGGUGCAGUGGCUGGAGCAGCAGGUGGCAAAGCGCAGGACCAAGCGAGACGUGUUCAUGGAGCCCACGGACCCCAAGUUCCCGCAGCAGUGGUACCUGUACAACACAAACCAGCGGGACCUGAACGUGCGUCAGGCCUGGGAACAGGGAUACACGGGCAAGGGCAUCGUGGUGUCCAUCCUGGAUGACGGCAUUGAGAAGAACCACCCUGACCUGGAGGCCAACUAUGACCCAGGGGCAAGUUUUGACGUGAAUGACCAGGACCCGGACCCGCAGCCUCGAUACACGCAGAUGAAUGACAACAGACAUGGCACGCGCUGUGCUGGGGAAGUGGCUGCUGUGGCAAACAACGGCAUCUGUGGAGUUGGCGUGGCGUACAACGCCAGGAUCGGAGGAGUGCGCAUGCUGGAUGGGGAGGUGACCGAUGCUGUGGAGGCCCAUUCCCUGGGCCUGAACCCCAACCACAUCCACAUCUACAGUGCCAGCUGGGGCCCUGAGGACGACGGCAAGACUGUGGAUGGCCCGGCCCGGCUGGCAGAGGAGGCUUUCUUCCGUGGGGUCAGCCAGGGCCGAGGCGGGCUGGGCUCCAUCUUCGUCUGGGCGUCUGGGAAUGGGGGCCGCGAGCAUGACAGCUGCAACUGUGACGGUUACACCAACAGCAUCUACACGCUGUCCAUCAGCAGCACCACCCAGUACGGCAACGUGCCCUGGUACAGCGAGGCCUGCUCCUCCACCCUCGCCACCACCUACAGCAGCGGCAACCAGAACGAGAAGCAGAUUGUGACGACUGACCUCAGACAGAAGUGCACUGAGCUGCACACGGGGACGUCAGCCUCAGCACCCCUGGCUGCCGGCAUCAUCGCCCUCGCCCUGGAAGCCAACAAGAACCUGACGUGGCGGGACAUGCAGCACCUGGUGGUGCAGACCUCGAAGCCGGCUCACCUGAACGCCAAUGACUGGGUCACCAACGGCGUUGGCCGCAAAGUCAGCCACUCGUAUGGCUACGGCCUGCUGGAUGCUGGGGCCAUGGUGAGCCUGGCCAAGAACUGGACUACGGUGGGACCUCAGAGGAAGUGUGUCAUUGACAUCCUUGCAGAGCCCAGGGACAUUGGGAAGCGUCUCGAGGUACGGCGGAAGGUGGAUGCCUGCCUGGGGAAAGCCAACUACAUCAGCCGUCUGGAGCACGCGCAGGCCAGGCUGACGCUGUCCUACAACCGCCGGGGGGACCUGGCCAUCCACCUGGUCAGCCCCAUGGGCACCCGCUCCACCCUGCUGGCUGCCAGGCCUCACGACUUCUCGGCCGAUGGCUUCAAUGACUGGGCCUUCAUGACAACACACUCGUGGGAUGAGGACCCCUCUGGGGAGUGGGUGCUGGAGAUUGAGAACACCAGUGAUGCCAAGAACUAUGGCACGCUUACCAAGUUCACGCUCGUGCUGUAUGGGACGGCCACCGAGUCCCCCAGCCUCUCCAACCAGCUGGAGAGCAGUGGCUGCAAGACCCUGACCCCCAGCCAGACCUGCGUGGUCUGUGAGGAGGGGUACUACCUGCACCAGAAGAGCUGCCUGAAGCGCUGCCCUCCCGGCUUCGCACCCGGCGUCCAGAGCACGCACUACAACCUGGAGAACAGCGUGGAGCCCAUUGCACCCCACCUCUGCCUGCCCUGCCACCCCUCCUGUGCCACCUGUGCGGGACCUGGCCCCAACCAGUGCCUCACCUGUCCUGCGCACUCCCACUUCAGCAGCCUGGACUUCUCCUGCUCCCACCAGACCCAGAGCAGCCGUGCGUCCCCCGCCCUGGCAGACGGCGAAGGACCAGCUGAGGCCCCCCCUCCGGUCAACUUGCCUGUCCUCAUCGCCAGCCUCAGCUGCAUCCUCAUUGUCAUCAUCUUUGUCACCAUCUUCUUGGUGCUGCAAGCACGCUCAGGCUUCAGCCUGCGGGGUGUGAAGGUGUAUGCCCUGGACAGCGGGAUCAUCUCCUACAAGGGGCUCCCCUCCGACAUCUGGCAGGAGGAGGGUCCCUCUGAGUCGGACGGUGAGGAUUAUGAGGCCCACAGCGAGAGGACUGCCUUCAUCAGAGACCAAAGUGCCCUUUGAUGAGCCCUCCUGCCCCUCCCUCCUCACUGCCCAGCACUGCAGGCCUGGGGCAGGUGAGGCUGAGGGGCCCUGGACUCUGCCCCUGUCCCCUUCCUGCACUGCAGCAGCCUGGGGCUCCCACCCACUGGCACCAUCCCUCAGCCCUAGUCUGGGUGGCCAGGCAUGGUCCCGCAGGCACCAUCCCCAGCACAGCACCGUCCCAGUCUUGCACCAUCUCUCCUGGCCCUGCGUCCAUCCUGUGCCCCAUGCCGGGGUGUUUGGUGGCAGUGGGGCCCAACGCUUCCUGGCCCUGCACUGGCAGCAGUGUCUCCCCUGCUGGGUGUAUGGCUGCUGCUUGGGAUCUUGUGAGUUCUGCAGGAUGGGCAGCGUGUGAAAUCCCUGGGUUGCCAUGUCUCAAGGUGGGCUGGCUGUGGCAGAGCUGAGCUCAGCCAGUGUCACAGCAUCCCCCUGCCCCUCCCACCCUCAGCCCCUGCAGGGCUGCGUCCCAGGCUCAGUUCAUUGUGUCCCAGCUCCCUGCCGCCUCCCCUGGGCCUGUCUGCUUCCACCCGUGCCCUUCGACAGCAAUAAUGGCCAGGCCUCAGCUGCUGCUGUCCACUGCCUGCCCAUCCCACCGCCGCUGCCUGCAGCGGGUAGGAGCCCUGGCACCGGGGAGCAUCGGGCUGGGCACUGCCUGGCCCUGUGCCCAUGGCACAGCCCACAGCCUGGGCAGGGACCCCUCGCACAGUCCCUGCUUUGGGGGGCUGCCUUGGGCCCCUUGUGUUCUGCCCCUGGGGAGGGCUGUAGGUGCUGCUGGCUGGGACCGUCAGGUAGCGCCAGUGCCAGCACUGCCCCAGCUCUGCCUGCGUCCUGCCUGUGCUGGGCAGUGCCCGGCAUUCCUGCAGCCCUAGCCCCCCGACGUGCCUUGCCCCCACUUGGUGACAAUCUGUUCUGCUCCCCGCUGGAGCCCUUCCCCUUGCUGCCCCUUCCCCGUGGGCUGGGGGGCAGUGCCACGCGCCCCUUUGCCGUCCGCCGCCGCACACCGGGGCCAGCCGUGGAUGGAGCCGCUGGCCAGGGGCCACAGGACUAUUUUUCUAUAACAACUUUUUGGUGCACAGUAAUUUUUUCUUGUAAUUUAAUCGGCCAGGAGCUGCCUCCUGAGCCUGUUUUUAAUUUAAUGGAUGUGGAUAUAACGCUAGAGAGACUGAGUUAUUAAAUGUUCAGAACUAUGCAAACCAG